AUGAAGCUCAGCGCCGCCCUCCUGGGGCUCUGCGUGGCCCUGUCCUACAGCUCUGCUGCUGCUUUCUUUGUGGGUUCGGCCAAGCAUGUGGCCCAGCCUGUCACUGAGCUGGAGUCGGGAGCAGAGGCCGCGGCCGGGACCCUGGCCAAGCCCCUUGACACCGCGGCCAACCCCCUUGGCAGCCUCAACCCCCUCGGCAGCCUCAACCCCCUCGGCAGCCUCAACCUGCUGAAACUCCUGCUGACAAGCCUGGGCAUCCCCGUGAACCACCUCGUACAGGGCUCCCAAAAGUGUGUGGCUGAGCUGGGCCCCGAGGCCAUGGGGGCCGUGAAGUCCCUGCUGGGGGUCCUGACAAUGUUCGGCUGAGCCGAGACUGGAGUAGC